AUGCCCGACGAAAAGAAACUUCCUUGGGGCAUAAACUCAACGAAACCUGGUUCUGCGAAGACCCUUACGAAGACAAAACUACAAGCUUUUAGCAUUGGAACACACAAAAAAACACCCUUCCAAAAACAUAAGGAAGAGUUAGAAUUAAAGAAAAAGCAAGAGUCCGAAGAAGCGGCAAAGGUAUAUGCCGAAUUUGUAGCAUCUUUUGAGAAGGAGGAGGGGACAGGAAAAACAUUUGUCAAGGGUGAAACCAUUGUACCGAAACGUAAGCUCAACAGUUUCAUAAAGUAUUUGGAUGAUGAAAAAAAAGAGGAAAAAGCAAAAGGGAAGCGUAAUCUUGAUGCAUUUCUCGAGGAAAUCAAACGUGAACAAGAGGAGAGAGAAGAUCGUCUUAGGCAAAAACAUGCAAAGUUGGCUGGUGCAGGGGUGUUGUCAGAGACUGGUAGUAAUGAUGAAUUCUUACCUACCUCUCUCACAGUCAAGGCAGCUUUCGAGGACCGACCUGGUUCUCAUGACACUGGUGACCCUAAUACGACUAAUUUAUAUGUUGGAAAUAUAAGUCCUGAAGUAAAUGAGGAAAUGCUGUGUAAGGAGUUUGCAAAGUACGGUCCUAUAGCUAGCGUUAAAAUCAUGUGGCCACGUACGCAAGAGGAGAAGGACAGAAAUCGUAAUUGCGGAUUUGUUAGUUUUAUGGAUCGUGAAUGUGCGGCAUUGGCUUUAAAGAAUAUGGAUGGAAAGGAGUUGCUUGGUUAUGUCAUGCGAGUUGGUUGGGGUAAGGCCGUUCCAAUUCCACCUCAACCCAUAUAUGUUCUGAAUGAAAGUGGCAGACCACCACCGAGUGGACUUCCUUUUAAUGCGCAGAUGGUUCAUACAAACACAUAUGCGAACGUACCUCCUCCGGGAUCAUCUUCGGUUGUGCAAAAAGGACCCCGUCUCGAGGUUCAGGUUGCACGUCCCGAAAAUCAAGAAAUUGUAAAAAUAAUACACCGUAUGGUGGAACGAGUUGUUAAAUAUGGACCACCAUUUGAGGCGAUAAUAAUGGAUCGCGAAUGGAAUAAUUCAAAGUUUACGUUUUUAUUCCAGAAUGAUUCCGUAGAGCACGUGUAUUAUCGAUGGAGGUUAUACUCGGUCCUUCAGGGCGAUCCGAAAAACAAGUGGCGCACCGAAGCUUUUCAUAUGUUUGAUGAGGGUCCAAUAUGGGUUCCUCCGGAGAUACCUUUUGAUGAAGACGCUGCAGAUGAUAUAUUGGAUUCAGAUGAGGAUGAUGAGCGAGAAAGAGAACGCAUUCCAAAAGGUACUCUCGGUCCUAAAGCUAAACAUCGACUGGAAGUAAUGUUGAGAAAAUUAACUUUCGAACGAGGCCUAAUUGCAAAAGCCAUGGCAUUUGCUAUCGAUCAUUCUGACGCGGCCGAUGAGAUAGUGGAUAUAAUUUGCAAAGCACUUGCGAUCAAGGAAACGCCCAUAGCAACAAAGGUUGCAAGAUUAUAUUUGGUUUCUGAUAUAUUACACAAUAGUUUUAAAUUUUUGUAUUAUGUUGAACUUAUCAGGUAUCGUUUAAAAUCUAGAUUUGAGGGUAGGUUACCGGAAAUAUUUGAACAUCUAAACGAAGUGUACAGGUCUAUCGCGGCGAGACUGAAAGCUGAGACAUUUAGGCGGCAAAUCACAACAAUCCUCAACGUAUGGGAGAAUUGGAUUGUAUUCACCCAACCAUAUAUUGAAUCUUUAGCAAACACUUUCAUGAAGCUUACAAAAGAAGGCGAUAAUACCCUUAAUACAAUAUCACAGUCGUUUAUUAAUGAUAGCAAUAAUGAUCUGGAUGGUGCCAAGUCGAAAUCGGAAUUUGAUAAUGAACCAAUACAAUCUCAGACAAGUAUGGGAUUCUUGGGGGUCAAAACGAAGUGGGAUGAGGAGGGAGAAGAUGAAAGUGGAAGUCAAAAAAAUAUAUCAAAGGAUAAUUCGCCAUCACCAACGAAACGCGCACGAUUCGCUGUAGAUUUUGAAAUGGAACAGGAAAUGAACAUAACAGGAAUUGAACAAUUCGGGCAUAAUUAUGACGAUAUUAGAAUAUCUAAGGCCGAAAGUGAUGUUGAUGAUAUCUUUGCUUAG